GGGGAAAGGCGGUCUGAAGACCUGACAGAGUGAAGCCAGUCUGUUUCUGGCAGCUCUCGGAGCAGUCGAGGCUAGAUUGACGCAGCCUGUCCGUUCAGACCCCAGCACCAUGCCCAUGACACUGGGUUACUGGGACAUCCGUGGGCUAGCGCAUGCCAUCCGCCUGCUCCUGGAAUACACAGACUCGAGCUAUGAGGAGAAGCGAUACACCAUGGGAGACGCUCCCGACUUUGACAGAAGCCAGUGGCUGAAUGAGAAGUUCAAACUGGGCCUGGACUUCCCCAAUCUGCCCUACUUAAUUGAUGGGUCACACAAGAUCACCCAGAGCAACGCCAUCCUGCGCUAUCUUGGCCGCAAGCACAACCUGUGUGGGGAGACAGAAGAGGAGAGGAUUCGUGUGGACAUUCUGGAGAAUCAGCUCAUGGACAACCGCAUGGUGCUGGCGAGACUUUGCUAUAACCCUGACUUUGAGAAGCUGAAGCCAGGGUACCUGGAGCAACUGCCUGGAAUGAUGCGGCUUUACUCCGAGUUCCUGGGCAAGCGGCCAUGGUUUGCAGGGGACAAGAUCACUUUUGUGGAUUUCAUUGCUUACGAUGUUCUUGAGAGGAACCAAGUGUUUGAGGCCACGUGCCUGGACGCGUUCCCAAACCUGAAGGAUUUCAUAGCGCGCUUUGAGGGCCUGAAGAAGAUCUCCGACUACAUGAAGUCCAGCCGCUUCCUCCCAAGACCUGUGUUCACGAAGAUGGCUAUUUGGGGCAGCAAGUAGGACCCUGACAGGGUGGCCUUAGGAGAAAGAUACCAAAUCUCCUGGGUUUGCCAGGAGCCCUAAGGAGCGGGCAGGAUUCCUGAGCCCCAGAGCCACGUUUUCUUCCUUCCUUCCAUUCCAGUCCCCAAGCCUUACCAGCUCUCAUUUUUCGGUCAUCAAAUCCCUGCCCAACACAGGCUCUUAAAAGCCCUAGCAACUCCUUUCCAUUAGCAAAAUAGCCUUCUAAAGUUAAAGUGCCCCGCCCCCACCCCUCGAGCUCAUGUGAUUGGAUAGUUGGUUCCCAACGUGUGAUUAUUUUGGGCAGGUGCAGGCUCUCUGGCAGAUGGGGUCUAUCUGGAGACAGUAGAUUGCUAGCAGCUUUGACCACUGUAGCCAAGCCCCUUUUCUUGCUGUUUCCUGAGACAAGCUAUGAGCAAGGUGUGCUGUGUCCCCAGCGCUUGUCACUGCAUCUGUAACCCGCUCCUAUCGCUCUUUCUUCCUGCUGCUGUGAGCUGUACCUCCUGACCACGAACCAGAAUAAAUCCUUCUCCCCUUA